AUGUCAACCAACUCAGACAAAUUACAAAACUCAACCACUAAUAUAUCUAUACCCCCACACACCACAAAUGGGUCCCACCCAACCAUUGCAAGAAUGCUCCAUGAAUUCGACAAUCUUGAUGAUUUUGAUGAAAAAGAAACCAGAAUCGAUGGUGAUUGCAUAAUCUGUUUGAAAGAUGAGGUUUCUGUGGUAUUCUUGCCUUGUGCUCAUCAGGUUCUUUAUGCGAGUUGCAAUGAUGAAUAUGGAACAAAACGGAUGGCCAAGGCCACAUGUCCAAUCUUCAGGGUCGCUAUUGAACAGAGAUUCGUGUUUUUAGGGCCACCUCUUAACCCUUUAGCCAACUGA